UUUGGCGAGAAGUCUGUGUAGAAGGGAGUCCAGUGCGUCCUUCUCGGCGCUGCGAUUAAGGUGCCGGUUCCGUGCGAGUGCCCCGCCAUGCCCGCGGAGCAGCCCGCCAGCAGCAGCGGGUCCCCAGCUCCAGAAAUGGCUGAAGAAGUGGCCCCUGCUGUGAUUACCCCGGCCAUGCUGGAGGAGGAGGAGCAGCUGGAGGCCGCGGGGCUGGAGCGAGAGCGGAAAUUGUUAGAGAAGGCCCGCAUAUCAUGGGACAGAGAAUCCACUGAAAUUCGGUAUCGCAGGCUUCAACAUUUGCUUGAGAAAAGCAACAUCUACUCCAAAUUUUUAUUGACAAAAAUGGAACAGCAGCAGUUAGAGGAACAGAAGAAGAAAGAGAAACUGGAGAGAAAAAAAGAACUCUUAAAAGCUUCAAAGGGUAAAAAUUUAAUUGAUGCAAAUGAAGAGAAUCCAGUUGUCAAAAAGAAAAGAGGAAGAGAAGAUGAAUCAUACAACAUUUCAGAUGUUAUGUCAAAAGAGGAAAUUUUAUCUGUGGCUAAGAAAAGCAAGGAGAAUGAGGAUGAGAGCCCUUCCUCUACUAAUUCCUGUGUAGAAGAACUUGAGAAAAAUAAAGAUUCAAAUAGCAUAAUUAAAGAUAGAUUGUCUCAAACAGUUAGACAGAAUGCUAAAUUGUUUUUUGACCCAGUUCGGAAAUACAAUGGACAACCAGUUCCCUUUCAACAACCAAAGCACUUCACCGGAGGAGUGAUGCGAUGGUACCAAGUAGAAGGCAUGGAAUGGCUUAGGAUGCUUUGGGAAAAUGGAAUUAAUGGCAUUUUGGCAGAUGAAAUGGGAUUGGGUAAGACGGUUCAGUGCAUUGCUACUAUUGCUUUGAUGAUUCAGAGAGGAGUACCUGGACCUUUUCUUGUCUGUGGUCCUUUGUCUACACUUCCUAACUGGAUGGCUGAAUUCAAAAGAUUUACACCAGAAAUUCCUACUCUGUUAUAUCAUGGAACCCAGCAAGAACGUCAAAAAUUGGCAAGGAAAAUUCAUAAGAGAACUGGAACACUCCAGAUUCAUCCCGUGGUAAUCACAUCAUUUGAAAUAUCCAUGAGGGACCGAAAUGCAUUACAGCAUUGCUAUUGGAAAUACUUAAUAGUAGAUGAAGGACACAGGAUUAAGAAUAUGAAGUGCCGUCUGAUCAGGGAGUUAAAACGGUUCAAUGCUGAUAACAAACUACUUUUGACUGGUACUCCCUUGCAAAACAAUCUAUCAGAACUUUGGUCAUUGCUAAACUUUUUGUUGCCAGAUGUAUUUGAUGAUUUGAAAAGCUUUGAGUCUUGGUUUGACAUCACUAGUCUUUCUGAUACUGCUGAAGAUAUUAUAGCUAAAGAAAGAGAACAAAACGUAUUACAUAUGCUACACCAGAUUCUAACCCCUUUCUUACUGAGAAGACUGAAAUCUGAUGUUGCUCUUGAAGUUCCUCCUAAACGAGAAGUAGUUGUUUAUGCACCACUUUCAAAGAAACAAGAAGUCUUUUAUACAGCCAUUGUGAACCGAACAAUUGCGAAGAUGUUUGGAUCUAGUGAGAAAGAAUCAGUGGAACUAAGUCCUACUGGGCGACCAAAACGAAAAACCAGAAAAUCAAUAAAUUACAGCAAACUAGAUGAGUUUCCUAAUGAAUUGGAAAAAUUAAUGAGUCAAAUACAGCCAGAAGUGGACCGCGAAAAGACUGUUGUAGAAAUGAAUAUUCCUGUAGAAUCUGAAGUUAAUCUGAAACUGCAGAAUAUAAUGAUGCUACUUCGUAAAUGUUGUAAUCAUCCAUAUCUGAUUGAGUACCCUAUAGAUCCUGUCACACAAGAGUUUAAGAUUGAUGAAGAAUUAGUAACAAACUCUGGGAAAUUGUUAAUUUUGGAUCGAAUGCUGCCAGAACUUAAGAAAAGAGGACAUAAGGUGCUGCUUUUUUCACAAAUGACAAGAAUGCUGGAUAUUUUGAUGGACUACUGUCAACUUAGAGAUUUCAACUUUAGUAGACUUGAUGGGUCCAUGUCUUAUUCAGAGAGAGAAAACCAUAUGCACAGCUUCAACACAGAUCCAGGUGUAUUUCUUUUCUUAGUGAGUACACGAGCUGGUGGCCUGGGUAUUAAUUUGACUGCAGCAGAUACAGUUAUCAUUUAUGAUAGUGAUUGGAAUCCACAGUCUGAUCUUCAGGCCCAGGAUAGAUGUCACAGAAUUGGUCAAACGAAGCCAGUUGUUGUAUAUCGUCUUGUUACAGCAAAUACUAUCGACCAGAAAAUUGUGGAAAGAGCAGCUGCUAAAAGAAAGUUGGAGAAGUUGAUCAUCCACAAAAAUCAUUUCAAAGGUGGCCAAUCUGGAUUAAAUCAACCUAAAACUUUCUUAGAUCCUAAAGAAUUGAUGGAAUUAUUAAAAUCUAGAGAUUAUGAAAGGGAAGUAAAAGGAUCAAGAGAGAAGGUCAUUAGUGAUAAGGAUCUAGAGUUGUUGUUAGAUCGAAGUGAUCUUAUUGAUCAAAUGAAAGCCUCUGGACCAGUUAAAGAGAAGACAGGAAUAUUCAAGAUAGUAGAAAAUUCUGAAGAUUCCAGUCCUGAAUGUUUGUUUUAAGUGAAGCUUUAAAAAAAGGCCUUUUAACUUGCUUGUGUAUAUCCAAUUAGGUUUUUUUUUUACAUUGGUUUUGAAGUCCAUUUUGUCCACUUCACUUUUUUGAUUAUGCCAAUUUAUAUAAAUGUAACUGAUAUCACCACAUACUUAAGAGUGUAAUUCCUCCUAGCCUUAUUAAGAACAAAAUUCCUAAUAAGUUUAGAUUUUUAGUUACUUUCUCAGUCUGGGUAGUACUCUUAGGUAUGGUCUAAUGUUUACUUAACCAUUGCCAGAUUUAUACAGUCUUCCUGUGGAAGUUUAGUAAAUGUCUCGUUCUGUCUCUCCUUUCUCACAGUUGUAAUACAGUUCAAGGAAUUAACACUUCUGUUAUGGAGUAGGCUUUCAAGAGGGAGGAUUGACUGAGGUUGUGCUUUUUGUCACUAAAUGAAAAAAAAUCGUUUUUACUUUUUAGGGUUAUAAGAUAGUUUACCAAAUAAAUGUUUAUUAUAAAAUGAUU